AUGCAUGAAGUCAGGAAAAGAAGGAGAGAGUUGAAGAGAGUAAGUGGAGUGCAUGGUGAAAGAAGGGACAUAUGUGAGAUGGGACCCUCUGUGGUGGUUUGUGCAGUAGGAGAUAUGGUUGACGAAACCAGCUUGGAAGCUGUCGCUGUUGGAGUGGCUGGUGUUGGUUUUGCUUUGCCUGGUGUAGCUUUGGACACCUGUUUUCUGCUGGUCACCACUGGCGCGGCCGGUGUUGGUUUUGCUUUGCCUGGUGUAACUUUGGGCCUUUUGGGUGCAGUAUUCACUUUUCCAGACGGUGCGAGUUUGCCAGUUGGCCGUUUUGCCUUCGGUGAUGAUUUACCAUCGGCAAACAUAAGGGCAAUAAGUAGCAACACAAGACCAACUUUGAAGAAUUUCAUGACGAGACUGAUUUCUGCCUGCUCCUAUUUGAUAUAUCUCUGCUUAUAUAGCAAUAGUCGAUACGUAGGUGCUGCCUCUACCACCCAACCAACAGCAGCUCCUCUCAGUCACCUUUUACACACUUGCAUUAACUGCAUGCAAUGCCUCAUCUUCACUUACGUCUUUGCACUACGUGCUGACACAAAAUUAUUUUCCUUAAAUUAUCGUGUCACCGCAAACACGGAUAGUAUUGUGAUAUCAGAAGACGUGAAAUUUCCGCAGCAGAUAUGA